GAGCUCUCUGUUGUCAUCUGGUUCUAGUACAUAUUCCGCUGCAACCCGGACUAGGUGGUCUGGGAUUGAAAACGUAUAUAAUUUUUUCCUUGAACUAGCCACCCACACAACUGACAAAGAUGACGUCAACCACAGGCAGUAAGAAUUUCACAACGGCCAGACACUUCUGUCUCCUGCUGUUGGUUGGUUUGAUCUGCCUGGUGUAUAAAGCUGAUGCCGCAAGUUUUAAAAUAAAUAUAUCGAAACCACGAAUCAGUGAGGUCAAAACGUGUAAAGUGGACAAAUCUAUGGCCAUAGACGUGUGCUUUAUGCAUCAAGAAAACGGUAAAGUAACACUUGUUGACUCAUACAAGAUGGCCGCUCUACCUGAGGGCACUCAGUGCAAGUUGAAACAGGAGGGAGGGAGUUUAACGGUGGUCCUGUGUGAGGACAAUGACUGGAGGCUCACAGUUCUUCACGGGAAGUCAACACAACCGCUGGAGCGACCGAAGAGAUCGAUAGGAUUUGUCAUUUUUUUCUAUGUAAUGAUUCUGUGCAUCAUCUUUUGUAGACCAAACCACAACCCACAACUGACAUGUAAAACAAUCAGAGAUGUCACAGCAGACAAACAUGAAACGAGUGCCAUAGUGGCGUGGGAGACGCCGAAAGCAUACGAUCCUGAGGACGGUCAACUUUCACCCACACGGACAAAUGGCAACAGCCCAGGUUCUAGAUUCUCCGAGGGGUAUCACACAAUCACGUACAAGGCUACGGACAAUAGGGGGUUAACAACUACAUGUCAAAUGACAUUUUAUGUAGGAGUUCGCAGGUGUUCUAUGUCGAAUACGAACAAAAUAGAAAGCGGCACCACCACAUGCAAGCCUGCUUCUCACCCCAACCUCUACGGCAGCGAGUGUUUCUACAACUGUUAUGAAGGGUAUGAGUUGGUGGGAGGAGAUCCGUCAUCAGUUUGUGAUAGUAAUGAGAGAUGGAGUAGCCCUUGGCCAAGCUGUCGCAAGAUAAUCUGCCCACUUCCAACAACACCCAAAGGAAAAUUUAACUGCCCGCCAACCACCUAUUACAAUUUAACAUGUACGCUGACAUGUGUUGAUGAUUACGUGACAGCUGGCCUCACACAAGUCAAGUGCCAUGCUGAUAAAAGCUGGACUAAAUACGAACCUUGUUUAGAUAAAACAGCCCCGCGAAUAUCCUGUCCUAACAAAAUUGAAGCUUUGGCUGGUCAUAAGAGUAGCCCAGUCCCCGUGAUGUGGGAAGCCCCAUUUGUCAGUGACAACUCCGGUGUCAGUUUGAAUGUGUCAAGUGAUAUAGCAUCGGGCUACAAGUUCCACGUUGGACACACAAAUGUGACGUUUACAGCCACAGAUGACGCGAAGAACAUAGCAACAUGCACGAUGGUGGUCAUCGUCCAAAGGAUUCACUGUCCUGAGUAUCCACAACUCAACGAUUCUGAUAUUUCCUGCCCACUGAUACGGAACGAGUACGGAUCUGUAUGUGUAACAACGUGUCACCAAGGCUACGAGCUGGCCAACCCGGCAAGUGAUAGACAAGAGUGCCAAAAAAACCGUACCUGGAGUGGUGAUGAGCCAGUUUGUGUCCCAAGUUCAUGCGCCCCUCCUCCGCUUGUUCUACAUGGAAAUUUUGAUUGUCCAGACAAGUUCGUCUUCAGAAGCGUCUGCCACCUAAAGUGUAAUCAUGGUUACCAAAUUACCGGACCGGCAAACAUUACCUGUGGCAUUACUAUUCAAUGGUCACAGUACGGAAACUGUUUAGAUGUGAGCGCCCCCUACUUCCCCGCCGGCUGCACUGACCAGAUGAAAGUGGAGGCUGCAAGUCUAGGAGAGCCGACCUACGUCAUCUACCAGCUACCGGAAGUUGAGGACAACUCUGGGAUGAAGGUCACAGUUACAGGUGACCCUGUGUCAGGGUCCAGCUUCAGUCUGGGCACAACGGAAGUGACCGUUACGGCCACUGACCUUGAGGGAAACAGCGGCAACUGCAGCUUCACUGUUCUUGUCGAGUAUGUGUAUUGCGAGCCACCAUCCAUUGACCUAUCCGGGAAGAAUUUAAUCCAGUACACCUGCCCUGACCGUCACGUGAUGGGGGCCAGCUGUGGUCUGUCUUGUCAGGACGGGAACCCGGUCUUUGGUGCCAGCUCCAUCAGGUGCCAGAGAGACACGGACGGAAAUCUUACCUGGGCGUGGUCAGGUACAACCAGACCUUACUGUGACGCUAAAGCUUGCACUAAGCUUCCAGAACCCAGAAACGGGGCUCUGGUCUGUGACAGUCUGACAACAGGCGAGAUGUGUUUCCUGACCUGCAAUGCCAACACCACUUACCCUGCCAAUGCUCCAGACUCCUACAGGUGUGUCGCUUCCACGGGAGAGUGGAUGCCUCGAAAAGAUGUCCCUAGCUGUACGGUUGGAAAUUCUUAUUCCGAUGUGAAGAUGGAGACGGAGUUCAGGUACUUCACGAGUUCAUGUGACGUCACUAACGAGGAGAUCAAACAACUUUUUCUCUCACGUCUCAACAAGAGCGGGCUGAUGAGCGAGUGUGCCGAGUCUGGCUGUAAGUUGUCUGGCAUCCGGGUCACGUGUGGUCCCGUCACUCGCAGGAACAGGGGGAGGAGAGAUGCCACAACUGUCAUGUACCAGAUAACUUUAACGAUCGACCUCGGACAUUCAGGAAAGGAAAAAAAACAUACAGAAACAUUGAAUCAUUACCAAAACUUGGCUAAUUCACUAGACGACAAAUUAUAUGAUCUAGAAGACUCGGGCCAGUUCCAGAUCCCAGAGAUAGGAGAGUUCCAGAGUUUUGCCUCCAGUGGCGUCACGUACGUCUGCCAACAGCCGGGUACAAAGUUCAUCUACUCUACGUUGUUUUGUGCUGGGUGUGGUCCUGGCCACAUGUACGACAACACAACCAACAGCUGUAGAGUUUGUCCUAAGGACACAUACCAGGACCAGGACAUUUCCUUCAGCUGUACACCAUGUCCUAACAAUACAGUGACACAAGCUGCGAUGGCCACGUCAGGAGCUCUGUGUUUGGACCUCUGCAGACCUGGCCAGUUUUCUCACAAUGGAAUCCAGCCGUGUGACCCUUGCCCAGUUGGCUCCCACCAAUCCAAAUAUGGGAUGAAGUCAUGUGACCUCUGUCCGUACAGCAUGUCCACCGUUGUUACGGGAACGACCAGCAUUGAUGAUUGUCUUUUUUUCAACACCCGACUUAGCGAGACCACCUCCCAGGCAGCCAUACAAAUAUUUGACAAAAUACCAACAACCUUCACCUUUAUGACCUGGGUCACCUCGGCCUCAACACUUGUGACGUCAUCAUUGACCUUCUCACUGGGGUCGGACCAGGACAACUCUAAUGCAGCAUUAUUAGCCCUGGACAAAAUAGUUCUCGCCAUACGAGAACAGGAGGAUAUUGAAUGGAUGAACUUCAUAAGAAAAUGGAACCACAUAGCCCUAAGUUACAAGUCUGGCAACGUGUCUCUGUAUGUCAAUGGUUUUUUGACCGAAGAACGUUCGGGUUUACAAGUGGAGGAUUUAUCACAGAAAUAUGUCACAUUUCGCAAGUCUGAGGAGAAUGAUGUUAACGCUGUGGUAGUGAGUGGCCUCCAGCUGACCACCAGCUUCUACACAGAGCUCCAGCUCCGAGAGUUUGCCACUUCCUGUCACAAGAAGGUCAAGACAAAUCUACUGGCCAGAAAACCUUGGGAGUUUCUUGCCCUUUCUCCCAGCACGUGCAACGACGUGAACAUGUGUGAGAAAGAGCCGUGUGGCAAACAUGGUACCUGUAUCUCUGGUCUGGACACGCUUCAGUGCUUGUGUCACACGCCGUGGUCCGGGGAUCGGUGCCAGGUGGCUCCAGACUUUUGUGCAGACAACUUGUGUGCUAACGGCGCCACCUGUGUCAUCAUGCAAGAGGACAGCACGUACAGGUGUCAAUGUGCACCUGGAUAUUAUGGCACCCUAUGCAAGCAAUGGCGUGAAAUAAUACACGGUAGCUGGGGACGUUGGGGCGAGUGGUCAGAAUGUUCCGUCACGUGUGGGUCAGGACAGAGGUCAAGGACGAGAGUGUGCGACAGCCCUGCUCCCCGGGGAGGCGGAGAAGAUUGUAUUGGUGUAGAUCAUGAGAAAAACGUUUGCACAAUUUUCUGCCAGGAUUGUCAGUGGGGAGCUUGGUCUGCUUGGACGAACGACGUGACCUGUGGGAGUGGAGUUCAAGGCCGUGUCAGAAACAAAACGGAUGCUGUCAAUGGCGGGUCAAAGUGCGAUGGUCAUACACAUGAAUAUCAAACGUUGAACUUAACAGACUGUCCAGUGAAUGGUCAGUUCGGCCACUGGUCACCGUGGUCCGAGUGCUCAGCGUCGUGUGGUGGGGGCGUAUCCUCUAGGUCACGUGCAUGUGACAACCCUCCUCCCAAAAAUGGCGGACUGCCGUGUACUCACUCACUGGCCAGGGAGAGCCGGACGUGCAAUGAGCAGACGUGUAGAGUGUGUCCAGUACCAGAGCCUAGAACCAACUGGAAGUCCUGGAACUGUACCGACCAAGACGGCGACAUGAUCAGCUGCAACAUCGUGUGCAAGCCUGGCAUGGCUAUCGUGGAGGACGUCGACAACAUCUUCAUCUGUGGGUUCGCCACCAACUACACCUGGUCACAGCAGACGGUGGUCAACCCGGUGGGAAUUCUGCCAGACUGCACAGACCGUAAAAUCCCCCAGUCGAUCAAGCCACAGAUAACUGUGACCAUUGACGUUAACUGUAACGACAGCCCUACCCCAGAACGGUUUGAGGAGGCAAUGAGUAAUCGAAUAGGUGGCCUGGAGUGUAGGAGGGAGAACAAAUGUGGUUACGUCAUCAAGUCUGAGAGAAGGUGUGGCAGGAAGCGAUCAACAGGUGUUUUAGUCAUGACUGUUGACCUUGAGGUGCUGGGAUUUGAUGAUGUCAAGGCCGACUAUUUUAGCCAACUGUCAGAAGAAGAAGCAGAACGCCAGAUGGAGCACCUGUACACGCUGGAGAAGAUGGUCAAGGAGAUCUCGGACAAGAACGAGACUUUGUUCUCGCCUGUCGUGGACGGGGUCGAGUUCAAAGGUCACGUGGAGACCUUUCAGGCGGUGGUGGCAUGUCAAGAAGGAUCGGGGUUUUUACAUGGAUUCUGUGUUGACUGCCCAGCCGGAAGUUACUCCACCGGAAACGGCUCAUGUCUGCUGUGUGAGAAAGGUUUUUACCAGGACCAGGCCAAGAUGUCCGAGUGUUUGCCGUGUCCAAACGACACGACCACUUCUGGUGUCGGCGCCUACUCCAUGAAUGAGUGCACUACAACACCUGUACGCUACGAAGACGUAUUUCCUCUAGCAUUUGAGAGCGAGUUGACAACAGCGUCUGAAAAUUUGACGACCACAGAGAACAAAUCAGAUACAUUUGAAAUAAUGAGAUCAACAGAAAGCUGGGCAAUAUCGACACGUGUGGACACGAGUUUGGCAGAAGAUGUGACAGAAAAUGUGACAGAAAUUGUGACAGAAUAUGUGAUAUCAUGGAGCAACAAGUGUGGCUAUGAUUGUGGCACAACGUGUGGAGCAAGAUGUGGCGUGACAUGUGGCAGUAAGGAGGACAAUUUUUGGGGCACCUUGUAUGGGACACGGUGUGGAACCACGUGUGGUAGGAGGUGUGGUAUUAAGUGUGGCAUAAAGUGUGGCACCACAUGGGACAAAGUGUGGGACACCAAAUGUGGCGUCUGGUGUGGCAUUAAGUGUGGCGCAAGAUGUGGGGACAAAUGUGGCACCAACCGGUACAUCAAACGGCGCGCCAAAUGUGGCAUUACCUGUGGCACACAAUGUGGCACAAUCUGUGGCAAUAAAUGUGGUAAGAACGUUGCGGACAUAGUUACAGCGGAUGUGUCACGAAAUGUGACAUCUAGUGCACCAAUUGCACGAUCAAGUCCGGCGUCAACUCAACGCAAACUGCAGAAGACUACACCAAAGGACGUUAAGUCGGGUAACUAGACAACAGCUGCCGUCUUGGUUGGUUGAACCCAGGUGUAUCUCUGGUUACUAUCAAAUGAAAUUGAUAUAGUGUGCGAGAAAAGAGAUUGGAUACACAUUCAAAUUAAAUGAAGGCUACUUAAGUGAAAAAUUUUAAACUGUUUGUAAUUAUAACUUUUUUUUAAAGAAUUAAUGAAAAUAUUUAUCAUAUAUUAUCAAUAAAAUAAAUAUUUGUUUUUCCUUUAUCUUAUGAAUUUGAAAAAAAAAUAUGUAUAGGCUACUCACUACACUAAGAAGAUGCAAUGUUUCAGUAUUGAUAAUAUUUAAAUUUUUCAUAACAUUACUUGUCUGACAAAGGGAGAUAUUCAAAAUCAAGUUUGAUCUUUAUAUUUAAAAAUAAUUUUACGUUAUUGAAGAUAUGGUGAUAUCAUCUCCUGUGCCUAAAUGUUCUAAAAAUCUUUUAAAUUUUAUUCCAGUGUAUGAAAUUUUAGAAACUAUGUAACGGUAUACUGUUUUUGUUUCACUUGCUAAUAAACACUAUGUUUGCAAAUAUAUUAAACACAUUGUUUAAUUUGCACAGAAGUAUAACCUUGAUAUUGAUGCUUCUAGUGUUCCCCUGCACUAGUGGCAUUUAAACACUGCAUGUUAUCAAUAAAACUAUGGGCACUUGUUAAUAUUUUUUUAUGUUAUUAGCUGUAUUUUCAGUUAAAAAUGAAUGUAGAACACCCAGAAUUAAAAAACAAAAUGUAUCCAAACAAAAUCUUUUGCUUUAUAUCAAUCCAAUAACUAUUUCUUCAUCACUUGAAUGAACAUUUUAUGAAACGAUUUUCACAGGUAGAUAUGCCAGUAUAUGGUCAACAUUUCAAAAUACAUU